CAGCCUAUGACCCAAACACGGAAGCAGCGUUAGCAGCUGCGAAAGCAAAAGUUGAACCUUAUAUUUUAGGAGUAUCGAUGCAACAAGACCAUAAUUAUUUUAUCGUUAACCGUAUAAAAUUAUAAUAACUGUUUCUGUAAGAUGGAUUUUUAUUGGUUUCACAUCGCCGUGCCGCUCUGUUUAGCGGUUGUAUGUGUUGUCACGGGCCAGACGCAGGUGAUGCCGCCUGCCAUGUCCGCCGCCCUCGGCGUGUCCUCUCUGGCCGCCGGUGUAGCGCUGGUGCUAUGGAGGGACAUUAGGUCGAGGAUGAGGGGUGAAGGCCGGACUGUGAGCGGUCUGCUCAGUCAGUAUGUGUCGCUGAAGGCUGUGGGCUGGCUGGGCAGGAGGCAGAGGAGGAAACUUGAAGCGGACACUCUCAAUGUGAAGCAAGUUCAGGAGGAGACGCUGCUGAAGCGCUUGCGUAACAGCGAAAACACAUGUUAUGGACGGCAGUAUGACUUCAGCUCAUUUAAAGACAGUGUUAGCUUCCGGGCACGUCACCCCAUCACCACAUAUGAGCAUUACAGAGAGUUCAUCAGACGCAUCGCUGCAGGGGAGGAGAAGGUGAUCAUUGCCAAGAAGCCACUGAUCCUGGCCAUGACCUCUGGGACAUCAGGAUCCAGUGCCAUGCUGCUCAGCACCAAAGACACCAACACUGAGUUCUUUCUCCAGGGUGUCACUGUAUGUUUGGAUGCCAUGCAGCAGGCAUUCCCUGCAACAGACAACCUGCAGCGCACGACUAAGUUCUUCUACACACCUACUUUUCGGCAGUCUGAGGCCAGCAUUCCCAUCGGACCAAACUCCUCCACUCCAGCAUCUUCUCGCCACAUGUUAAAUCUCUAUACCACCCCAGCACCUGCCUUUGAGGUUCUCAGUGAAAAGGAUACCCUCUCCUCUGCUCUGAAAGAUGCCAGUGUAGGAACACUGGAGUCCAACUUUGCCUCCACAGUUUUCUAUGCUUUCAGUGCCCUACAGGAUCGUUGGCAGGAGCUAGUGGGGGACAUUGAACAGGGGACGGUCAGCAAUGCUCUGGCUCUUGAUCCCAAAGUGAGGGUGAGACUCGAAGCUCUCAUGAAGCCAGACUCAGAGAGAGCUGCUCAGCUGCGGGCCCACUUUAAGGAAGGCUUCAGGGGAAUCGCCAAGCGACUUUGGCCUCACCUCCACCUCGUGUUGGCAGUCGACUCAGGCUCCAAUCAGAUCUACGGGGAAAUGCUGAGGGAUAAUUACUGCCAGGGAGUGCCUUUCUACUCACCCUUCUAUGCUGCCACUGAAGGUCUGAUAGGGGUCAACCUUUGGCCUCAGGAGCAGAACAGACACUAUUGUCUGUGUCCUCGCUCCAUGUUCUGCGAGUUCCUGCCAGAGAGCAGCCUCGGGGAGGAGACGCCUGACACUCUGCUCAUGGACGAGGUGAAGGAGGGACAAAACUAUGAGCUUGUCAUUACAAAUGCAUCAGGACUCUUCAGAUACUGCAUUGGAGACAUUGUGAAAGUUGUUGGAUUCCACAAUCAGUGUCCCAUUGUUGAGUUUCAGUACAGACGAGGGCAGAUGUUGAACGUUCGGGGGGAGAAAGUUUCUGAAGCGUUGUUCCUUAACACUCUGAAAAAAGCUGUUGCUCAGUGGCCAGGAGCUCAGCUGGUCGACUACUGCUGUGCAGAGAGUGGCAUCCUGGGAGAUUCAAUAGGCGGCUCAGAUCCUCAUUACCAGGUGUUUGUGGAGCUGAAAGGUGUGAGGAACCUCACAGAAGAACAACGGUACAAGCUGGACGCCUGUCUCCAGCAGGACUCGGCUGUCUACAGGUCUUUCCGUAUCAAAGGCAGCAUAGGAUCAAUGAGGGUGCAGCUUGUGGCCGAGGGUGCGUUCAAGGAGCUUCGUAAGCAGAUGAUGGCCUUCUCAAACACUUCACCUAACACUUUCAAAAUGCACCGAGUGCUGCGCAGGAAAGAAUAUGCUGAAUUCUUACUAGGCAAAACGAUUUCCUGAAAGCUCCUGUUGUGGGAAACCGAACAAUCUUGUGACUCUCACAGUGGUCCGCACUGACUGACUGAGUCAUCUUGUCUUGACUAUGUUUAUAUACAUAUAUAAAACUGUAUUUACAAUUUUA